UAGGUACCUUACCAAGCUCCUGGACACCACCUUCGCGUCCUGAUGUUAUGAUCUCCUUGUUUUCCGUUUCAGGAUUAGACUAACUUUUGCGCGCCUCGUGAAAGCGAAGUUCCCAAGAUCACCCACGCAUAGCGCGCACCUAUAAAUCCCGUCGCACCCCUCGCCAUCCGAUCAUUUUCUCCUCUUCCUCAUCUUUACAUCCCCACAGCGACCCUCCGUACCCUGCGAACCUAUCAAGAAACCAUUUACCGACUUUAAGCCAAGCAUUUGUGUUGUAAAACCUAUCAUUCACGCAGAAAAGCAAAAUGCCUCCCAAAGCCGCAGAGAAGAAGCCCACCACUGGCGGAAAGGCGCCUGCAGGAAAGGCUCCAACUGAGAAGAAGGGUGAAGCUGGCAAGAAAACUGCUGCCGCCUCGGAUAAGAAGAAGCGCACCAAGACUAGAAAGGAAACCUACUCUUCUUAUAUCUACAAAGUUCUCAAGCAGGUGCACCCCGACACUGGUAUCUCGAAUCGCGCCAUGUCAAUUCUGAACUCUUUCGUCAAUGAUAUCUUUGAGCGUGUUGCCACUGAAGCCUCUAAGCUCGCUGCUUACAACAAGAAGUCAACCAUCUCAUCCAGGGAGAUCCAAACCUCUGUGCGACUUAUCCUCCCAGGCGAGCUUGCCAAGCACGCUGUUUCUGAGGGUACGAAGGCUGUAACCAAAUACUCUUCUUCGACGAAAUAAGUUCUUUCUUUUCCAAAUUAAUUCCGAGCCA